CCUCCCUUUGAUUAUAAACCGAAAUGGCUGCCUUCUUGAAUGUCUUUUCUUUUCCACCAAAUUUUGACAUUCAGACUCUUCCAAACAGAGACAGAAAAGUAUGUGUUGUCUCUAUCAUUGGAAAAAGUCGUCUCAAUGGAUUUGCAACGAAAGCUUCAAUAUUAAACCCAAUCCUGGAGAGAGAUGUAUUUAUGGGAGGAGACAGCUACAUUGGUGGCAUGGUGGACAAGGGGGAGAUUGAGUGUUUCUUUGACAGCUGACACCCAAGUAGUGUAUCUCCACCAUAAGUCUCUUGGUGACACACACAGCCUCGUGGAGCGAUGUCAGAAGAUACUCAAUAACAAAACAGAGGAUAUUGUUACCUUGUGGGAAGAUGAAGAUUUUAAAUAUGCCAAGACAAUUCUUCUACUCCUGAAUAUUUCCCACAUUGUGGUGUUGUGUCACCCAGGCAACACGUUUGACAUCAGCUACGUGAAGCUGUUCAGGAGUCUGGAUGCUGUCAGAAUGAAGCUGCAGACCUUCAUGACAGAAACCCUUCAAGGACUGUCUAUAUCUAAGGACUGGUUGAUAGGAGCUCGACCUUGUUCUCCUCGACUGCUGUUCUAUUUUGACACACCGACUUUUGAGAUGGCCCCUGAUGACAUUGACACAGGAAAACCCAGGGCUUUGAAAAAUCCACCGCUUAAGAGACUUGUGCACAAUAUUGAAGACCAGAUUUACAGAAUUCUGAGAAAGUCAAGAAUAAUCACAAAUAUCAGCAACAACUCGCUGUUCGCUGUGCCUGCCAACCAGGAGUUUGUGUAUGUGAACAGCCGACCGAAUGAAGCCACCGAUCCCAUCACAGUAUUCCUGCAGAAUCUCCGCAUCAACUCUGCUGUUGCCAAAGAUUCAGAAUCCCCACGCAGUCGGAGCUACGCGACCAAUCGGCGCUCAAACCAGGCAUCAGGGGAUACUCAGAGAACGUCAGUGACAAUGUUUAGUCGCCCUGAGAACAGCUUCAAGGAGUUCCUGUGGCAGCACAUUGACCAGGCUUUCACCAAGGGCUUUGAUGAUAAUGUCGGUAGAAACCCAGUCCCUGCAGUGUUUGAGAUGGCCAGCAGUGAGACGUGGUUUGCCGUGGCUAUUCGGCUGUACAAGUUUUUCUUCUCUGACUCACCUGAAGGAAAAGUUGCUACCCACCCCACACUCAGGUCCCUGCUGGAGACGGAUGUCAGGUUCUCAGAAAACCGAUGCUCCAAGAUCUUGCCACUAGCUGAGAAUGCCUACCAGCAAGACUUGCCCCAACACUACAUCACCACCUACCAUCUGUCUAAGCUGGCUCAAGCAAAGCGAGUGUUUGCCCAAUUUGCAAGGGGUCCUGCGUUUGACAAGUACAUGGUUCAGCUGGAGGAGGCCUGUGAAACGUGGUGGAAGUCGGGACACCAGCAGUGUGAGGCUGUCAGUCUCACUGGGAAUCUGUGUAUGAACCCUCUGCACCGACUGCUAAACGAGGAGGAGACUGAUUCCAACAAACUGCUCCCUGUGUCCAGCCACUCCAGCCAGCUCAAGUCCAAGGCGGCCUGCAACUGUGGCCAGACUCAGGCCGACAAAGACGACCCGUUUGACCACAUGUAUGCCAACUUUGAGUUUUACAAAGCUUUGGAGGAAACAUGUUGCAGCAAGCUGGAGCACAUGGACUUCCCCGUCUUCAAACCAAGCACCAGUGAGGUCAGAGCAGGUCAAGUGACCCCAGUGACGGCCAAGGCUCCUCACCUGAAGACAGCGCUGAGGGAGAGUCUGAAGUCCGAGGGGACAGGAUCAGGUCUCACUAACCUCAGUCUGGCUCUCAGCUUAGGUCAGUCAGGGGGAAGUGACCUUACAUAUGGUCAUCGGAGUGAGUCGAGUCUGAACCCGGAAAACAGUCAACAGGGUGAGCCUGGCCAACAGACAGAGACCACUGAACCAGAGCAGGUCCAGCAUCCAGCUACCGCAGAGCUGAAAAUCAGUAACAGUGCAACAAGACAGCACUCUACCACUGAGUACCUGCCUGGGAUGAUUCACUCCGACUCCCCGUCUGGACUCCUCCCCAAGUUCUGUUCCUGGUCCUUAUGUAGUCACGGACCAUCCAGCCUGUACAUGCACACACAAGGUCUGGACCUGCCAGGCUUCCUACAAGGGAGCAACUUCCUGCUGCCCUGGGACAUCACGGUCCGCACAGAGAAGGAGAAAUGGCCAACAGUCGGCGAGACAGCUGGGAAGAAGGCACGACAAAGGCGGCUUCCUAUCAAGGAGGUAGGGGAAGUAACUCUCCGAGUAUUCCUGGGUAAUGAGUACGAGUGUCCUCGAGGUCACCGUUUCUUCUGCAGUGGUCCAGAGAAGAUAAUAAAGGUUUCGAGCACCAGCACUGUGAAGGACAAUGCCAACAAGCUUCUGACCAUGGACAUGCCUCUCUACUGCCCCUGUCACUGCAGGAGUGCCAAGGGUUACAUGGCGCAGCUGAUGCGGAUAUUUGUGGUGACUCCAGACGGACCAAUCAGAGUUCAGCUGAAGCCUCAAAUACAGCCUGCGCCAGGGUCGUGUCCUCUGUUCUAUCCCGGCAAUGAUGAGUCCAUGACCUUACCACCUGGACAGAUCUGGGUGCUCCGCUUGCCUCAUGUAUUCCUUGGUGACCAGGGUGUGUACAGCAUGCCCUCUGACCCCCAGCAGAUUUCACUGUGUCACAUAAAGAAGGGUCUGUUCCAGUACAAGGAGGUGUCGGCAGAUGGUUGACUGCAGUAGCAGCACCCCGGAUGUGGUCUGGAAUCAAGUCUCGUGGUCAACAUGUCUUUGUUGUGAUGUCAGCUGAUGUUCAUGUUUUGUUGCAAUGCAUAUGGGUUUCUGACUUGAUCCAUUGCUGCCACAAAAGGUCCCUAAUAUCAGGGUCGUGACUUGCCAUCAUGGUGUCAGUUGUCCUCUCACUGUUGCAAGCCUCCUGGGCA